AUGCGGUACAUUUCAUCUACACUGACAUUUCUCUUCCUCUUUCUAUUCUGCACAGUAUCCACGGCCUGGGAUCUCCCAUCUCUCUCCUCCCGCAAGCGCAUCCCGCAACCACUAGUCGACACUCUUCAAGCACGGAACGAGCGGAGGGUAGACCCUGCGAGACUUCACGAGUGGAUUGGCAAACAGGAGCCUCUACAAGGGGCAGCGAUGGCUUCGAAGCAGAGUAAAGCACAGGGCGGCAGCGGCGACCCCAUCAUCUCUGAUGUCUUGCCCAAGACCCGUGGCAUCAAUAUCUUUGCAUCUCUUACUCGGCAGUUCGAGUCUGUGGAGGGACGACUGAAUGACCCGUCGCAGAAUGUAACCGUCCUUGCUCCCCGCAAUAGUGCUAUUCAAGACCUCCCGCGCAAGCCCUGGGAGAACCCACAAGAUUACGAGCAGUUUGGUGAGGCGAAGGCAUAUGAAGGAGAUGAAGGACAAGAUCGUGCGAAGCGAAAUCUCGAGCGGUUUGUUACAGCCCAUAUUGUGGUUCAGAGUCCGUGGAAGGAAGGAGACGAGGCCGAGACUCUAGGGGGUGAUAAGCUGACUUGGAGAAAAGAUGGGGAUCACAUAUAUAUUGAGCCUAGUGGCAUACAGGUUGAUACUAUUGCUGAGCAGGUCUCGAAUGGCGAGGUGUGGGUAUUGAACGGUGUUAUCAAUUACACUCAGUGA